CAUGCAUAAGUAGAUCUCCAGCACACUGAACUGUAUAGCAUCUAGAAGUACUGAAAGAGGAGAAGAACGUGGGGAGAUCAAGAUUUAGUACAUAAUUUCAUCAUACUGUUUUCUUAAAAAACACAGGAUGAAGUUAACAGCUGUUCAACAUGAGACAUGUCUGGUUUUGAUCUUUGUUUUACAGCUUUGGAUUGGAUCAAGUAAUGGGUUGCUCCUUCCAGGAGGCGACUAUGACUUUGAAUUGCGACUGGAAAAGAGCUUCAUCACUGCCGCAGCAGGAUGUGCCCAGAUCCCCUGUGCAUUUACUAUUCCAGUGAGAGUGUAUCCUGUCCAAAAGAUCUGGUUCAGAGGCAGCCCUGAGUUUCCCCUAAGCCCACCAAUGGUGGAGGAACAGGCCAAUCUAAUGUGGCCACUACGUUCCCCUGAACAUGAAUGCAGCAUUAUUCUGUGGGACUUCAGUGGGCAUGAAAGAAUCGAAGAGUACGGUCUGAUGUUAAAAUGGGGAACAAAUGAAACACACAUUUAUGACGAAAGAAUUACAGUGUCUUAUUCUACUGCAAAACUGAACAUCAGUCUAAACACUGAGGCCCUUGUAGCUGGACAGCAGACUUAUAUAUAUUGCAGAUUUCCAGAUCUCUGCCUCGGUAGUUAUCCGAAGGUAACCUGGACGGGACUCGGUUCAAAGAAGCAUUUAGAUGUUGGAUAUCCCAGGAAAAUGAAUAAUUAUUUGAUAUACAGCCAACAGCUCUUGUACACGGCCGCCCCUAGGGAUCACCAGGCAGAGAUCACAUGCGAAGCUACGUUUGGGAAAAAUCUGAGCGCCAAUGGUACCAUGACUUUGACAGUUCACUCUCAUCCUCAGAUACUGAACAGCUCUGCAUGCUCUCUGCAAAAGGUUCUGCUCACUUGUGUGUGUGUCAGUCAGGGUGUGCCUUUGCCUGAUAUUCACUGGCCUCUACAAAGCAACGCUGAUUCUAACAUAGUCAGAACAUCAGACGGUCACAUCACUGUAAGAAGCACCUACACAAUGACUGUUGAGGACCUUACCAGCAUCAGUUCACCAGUGUGUGUCAGCAAAAAUAAACUUGGUCAGACAAAGAUGACUCUUCCAGUAAAUAUCAAUAAGGUAAAAGAGGCAGCAUAAGACGAGCAAUCUAAAAAUAAUAUGGAGAGCUGAACAGCAACAUGAUGCUCAUGCAAACACACAGACACUCAUGAUGUUUGAUGUGGUGAAAUGUUAUGGGCUGUCUACACUGUGUCUCUUAAAACACACAACACUAUUUGUAACAACAGUAAAAAUGUAUCACAUUCUGCCUACGUGUUCUCACAUUUUCAUGAAAUCUCAGUCAAAUCAGGUGAAACACAAAAUGUCACAAAAUGAAAACCUGUUGAAACACCAUGCUAAUGUGUCAAGUUUUCUUAAAAUGUCCUGUUUAUGUAACAAUAAAAAGAGCCACAAGAUGGAGACAAACACCAAACACUGUCCAAACUGCAUUGCUCAUAGAAACAUCAAGACUACAUGUCUGCUUCCUUUCUUUGCAUUAGGUUUGCAAGAAUAAAAAAUAAGUAUUAGAGUUCACCAAAGUUACAGUUUAAUAAGUUUGCUCAGAGAUGACAUAUUAGAGGCAAAUUACCAUUUUUAGAAGUGCAUGCAAAAAUAAGUAGCGUAUCCAUGGCAGAAAGUAUCAUAUCACUGUAAAAAAAAAAAAAAAAAAAAAAAAAAAAGUCAGUGCUUUCCAUUUGAGAUUUGUGACUUUGUGCAUUUGGAAAAAAAUGUGUUAUUAAUGGAUUAGUCCACUUCCAGAACAAAA